GAUUGACCAGCACCAGCAGACCUCGCAGCAUGAACAGGAAGAUAUAACCAAGAAGACCACACCACCCAUGAGUACUUUUGAAGAUCCUUCUGGCCAUCCUCUUCCAAAGAAAUCAAUCAACCCGCUACUGGGCAAAUUCCAAAAGCCAAACAGUGGUUCCAAUACAUUCAAGAGCCCAACAGAUAAUAUCAUGUCUCCAGCUACACAAAAGGUUGAAGCAAAGCGUCAUCGACUUCUUAGCUCGAUUAAACCAAAAUCGCUUAGUGGUCGCUUUGCUGAAGCUGCUGAACCUGUAAAUGGAAAAGAAAUUUGAUGGAGUUCCUCAACGUUGAAAAGCUUAUUUCUCUUAACUCAUAGCAGUCUAUGCUAUUUUGUUCGGGUUUGUCUAUAUCUGGUCUGAUGUUUUGUUGCAUCAACUUGUGCCUACUCGAAUCUUUAACUUUCUAUGCCAGAUUGACCAAUGGCUAUUCCAUCCACCUUUUUGUUCAACCUCUUUCCAUUGAUUUGCUUGAAUAAAUGACACUUGUGUAAGG